AUGGCAGCCGAAGAUGCAAAGAGCUUCGUAAGGAGAGACACACUCAGAAAGAUUGAAGAAAAGAUUCAAAAUUUGUGGAAAGAACAUGAUGUUUACAGGGCCGAAUCUCGUGAAAAGCCUCCUGAGCCAGGGGAAAAGUUCUUUGGGAACUUCCCGCUCCCUUUCAUGAAUGGUUUUUUGCAUCUUGGACCUGCAUUCUCACUCUCAAAGCUAGAGUUUUCUGCACGUUAUCAUAGAUUAAGAGGUGCCAAUGUCCUCUUGCCUUUUGGUUUCCACGGAACUGGAAUGCCCAUCAAAGCCUCAGCCGAUAAAAUCGCACAAGAGAUCCAACAGUUUGGACAUCCACCAGUCUUUCCUAGCAACAAAGAGGAGCAAGGGAACCAUCAGGAAGCUGAAGAUGCAAAUUCAGGUGCACGCACCUACAGAUAA